AUGAAGAAACAACCAAGGGCACAGGUUCUUGACCUCACUAUCCGGGGUGACGAGCUCGAACACGACCGGAUCCAAUUAGAGCACAACCUACAGCGCACAGAUCUUUCUCUUCAGCUUUCGUCACAGGACGGCGAGUUAAAUCACAACGAUAGCAUUGAGUAUCCCAGACACAAUUCCAAUCCAGCGUCCUUGCCAGAAUUCCGUUCCUACAUCCACAGAUCGGGGGACGACCUUGAUAAUGACUUCAAUCACGCUUGGUCGUAUCGCACUGGUGAUGAGGAUGAUGAAGAAGGGAUCAAUCCAUACGUCGGCGAGACCAUGUCUACAGCGGCGCAUCAUGCCAGUGGCCUAACUCUCAGUGCGGGCCUUGGGGGCGGAGGGCACCGGCGCGAUGUCAGUUUGAGUGGUGCAGAUUAUGAUCCUGAGCGGCCACUGCGUGAUAUUAUGGCGGGCGUUGACAGCAAGCUUAGUUUAUUUGAUAUGGAUCCAUCGAGGUCCAGAUAUCCUCCACCCGGCGGAAUCAGUUUUGACCCCGUUAUUGUCGAUGAUACUGCUGAAUUGGAUCGCAUUCUCGCGUCGGGUUAUGUUCCCCCACCAUCUCUGAAAUCGCGGUCUGUUCGUCUACGUUCACCUCAUACAGCAUCCUCCUCGUCGGACUCUGAAGAACAACAACCUCGUCCAAAGAUAUCUGAUGCCCUUCGUCGUGUUUCCUUUUCUCCAAAACGACCGCGGUCGCCCCGCGGUGCCCAAGAUCACAGCGUUGCGCGCCACGCGCCAUCUCCUCUUGGACGCCAGCCAUUUCUUCCUGCCGUUGAGAAAGAUGUACCCACACCUAAACCGCUCACGACCAAGUGCGUUCUAGAUGCUUCCUAUGCUUCACCAUAUCAGCCUCAAGUUCGUCUUCAUCCUCCUACUCCUACUCCGUCGGGCUCUAAAUUCACUAAAAUCGCCAACGGUAUUAACAAAGAGCUUGAUCAUGAGAUUGAGAAAGGUCGUCGUCAUAAUCAAAGCUCUGCUGCUGACCGUACAAUUCAUUAUGAAGCUGGGAAUCUAACCAGAGAUCAGUCUCGCUGUAUGCAGCCCACACCACGUCGAAGCUCGCUAAGGCAACCUGUUCAAACGUCUGCCCAUGCAUCCAAGAGUAGACUACACCUUCCGGACGUGACGGGGCUGACCAGCGCCGUGGAAUCCCCCAUUAAAGGGACUUUGCAACAUUACCCAUAUCAAGCGUCCAAAGAAGCCAGGGAAAGUGAUGCUCGUUUAUUAUCUGCCAUCAGCGCUGUUCAAUCUAAACUUCGUGAGUUACAAGACGAGAAUGGAAUUUCUCGCCGUCGCGUUCGGGAACUAGAGCAUGAAUUAGAACUUUGCAAGAUCGAGGUCACUAAGGAGCAUUCCAUGUUGAUGCAAAGAGAAGAAUUUCUCUCUCAGCAACAACAUGAACUCGAACUAGAGGAUGCUCGAAGACGAAAGGGCAAGGGGAAAGCCAAGGCCAGAGAUAUCUCUUUUUCCAGAGAAGAUACGUCCAGAUAUCAGGAAGUGGUGGAGGAGAAAAAGGCUCUGGAAGCCCUUGUGACGAGCCUUCGCUCGCAUCUGUCCCGACUAACAGCUGAAUUAGCGUCACAUCAACAGCUCUUGACCGAGCUCAGAUCAUUGCGUGACUCCGACCACCGAACCCUAAAGGAGAAAACGACAGAGAUCAAUGUUUUGCGUGCCGAGGUGGAACGUCUCGCUGGAGAGGUCGAGGUAUUGAGAGGUGUCGUUGAAGAAGGUCUAAAAGAGCGCAGAGCUGCCAGGGAGGCCUCUGAGGCUACACGAUCUCGCAUCAUGGUUGUUGAAUCCGCUAUUGAACAGCAAGGCACGUCAACAGUCGAGGAACAUGGUCGAGGAGAGGAAGUGCUCGAAGAGGGAAAUUCGGCAGAGGAGGAAGACGAUUUCGGGCUUGCCUCCACAUCGAGGACAGGUGGAGCACCUGAUAAGACUAUACGAACAGACUACGCAACUCUUGGAUCGACGAACCUGGGUGCCUCCGGAGGUUUCAUCGAGGGGGAUGAAUUGGAGCAAAUAUCCGCUGACGUCGAAGAACGACGUUCUGAGCACUCGAAAUCAUUCGCAGAGCAGAGUACCAUGUUGUCGCGUUCUCCAUCUCCCACCAUCCGGAGGGCAUGUGUUCAAGUUGAAGAUGUUCCGGAGCUUGAUCGCCCGUCUCAAAAUUCCCAUUGGGCAGACGAGAGUCGCUCUUCUUCGCCUAGUCCGUCAUACGCGCGCCGCCGUCGCACCCCCACGCCGUCCACAGUACGCCCAACAGCUCCCACACCUGCACAUGCAGCAGCGCAUUCUCGUCAUCCGAACAGGGACAAUGACGAGGUCCCACAAACGCCGUUCCCUCAGAUCCGUGGCACAAGGCUGGAGCGUUUGUUCUUCAGUGCUCCAGAGCACAAUGCGAAGACUUGUAAUGUAUGUCAUAGAAGAAGAGGGCAUCGCAAAGAUUCCAGCCCAAUGUCUCCGUCUUGGCUACCAAACCGUUUCGCGAAGCAACUUCAAACCAACGUACAGGAGGAUGACGAAGACAACAGCGAUGAAGAUGAGGGCUUUGCUGAAGGUUCGGAGGGCGUCGAGGACAACGGCCGACGUGCUAUGCCGUCGACCAGUGCACCUCCACGCGUCCCAACAACGAAGGGAGUUCCUCCUCAAACUGUGCUAAUGAAGGUAAUCAGAGAGUUACAAGAUGAUUUUACCCACUACAAAAGUGUCUACGUGGAACUCGCAGAUCAAUACAAGGAUAUGGACGCCGUCUCCGACGUACCCAAGAGGAACAUGCUUGCUCAGCACCUUCGCGAGGUCAUUGAUAUCCUAGAACAGAAGGGUGACCAAAUCGCUUCUUUGACCGACCUUCUAACAUUCAAGGACAAACCCACGACUGAGUCGGUCCUCAACAAAGGCGAAGCCUAG